UGGUUGCUAUGGUUACCUCCUCACGCGAACUUGUUCUCGUUUUCAAACUGCUCAGACUUGUUGAAAUAUUUAGGCCUAUAUGUAUAUGCGUGUAAAAAUAAUACUUUCAAGAUCUACUCACACCUUUGACUUCCUUUGACCUCGAUUUAUACGACUUACACGACUUAUUGUAGCCUUAAAACAGGAGAGAGAGAGAGAGAGAGAGAGAGAGAGAGAGAGUUGGGGUGUUUGAGGGGGUUCAUCUAAAUGCGCAGCGCAUAUCAGGGAUCAUUGUGAGUCUGCGCGGAUAACCGCUCGGCAGCGGAGUGUUACAACACAAUAUAGAGAGCAGCGAGUUAUAUCCAGACCACAUCCUUUACUUCAAACCUUGGCUUUGUAUGUAUGUGCUUUCUUUUGCAUUCAUUGCCUUAAUUAGACGUCUGUAAGAGAAGUAACCGCUCCCUCGUUUAUGCCAGAGAGAGAGAGAGAGAGAGAGAAAGAAAGAGAGACUACUUGUCCGUAGAAGUUUUUCGGGGCGUCUUGAGGGAAUGUUUGUGCACCAACGCGCGCCGCAGCAGUUAGAACGCCUGUGACUGACAGCGCGAGACACUCUGCAUUCUGCAUCGCGUUAAGUCUUUUUGCGAGACCUCCUGCUUACUGGAACGAUCUGAUGAUGAUUUGAAGAACUGCAGCAGUUUUCCAGUGAACCUGUUUACCAUCCAGCACUUUGUUGUUCCCCUCUGCUGCUGCUGAUCGACGGAUAUAAUAGCAUCAGUGAUCCAAACAAAAUGGCUUCCACAGUGAGAAAAUGUCAGCACCUGUUUUUAGCACUCAUCCUUAUCCCUUUGAUCUACUGCAUGCAUCCAGACUGUGUCAUUCAGUUAGAAAAAGAGAAGUGCAUGGAAAGGAUGGCCAUGGAUGACCCCAGCAGUAAACCUGAAUUAGUUUGCCGAUGGAUGUGGGACAACCUUACUUGCUGGCAGCCAGCAAAAAUUGGUCAAGUGGUCUGGAUGCCCUGUCCUGAGCUAUUUGAAGUCAUGAGUGAAGAAAAUGACGAGUUUGGAAAGGUGAGUCGUAACUGCACUGAGGAUGGCUGGUCGGAGAUGUUCCCUCACUACGUUGAUGUUUGCCCUUUUAAUGAAAAUGGAACAAGUCCAGACAUGUACUAUGUGUCUGUAAAGGCUCUGUACACUGUGGGCUACAGCACCUCGCUGGUGUCUCUCACCACUGCCAUGGUCAUUCUCUGCAGGUUCAGGAAGCUACAUUGCACCAGGAAUUUCAUUCAUAUGAACUUGUUUGUGUCCUUCAUCCUGAGGGCCGUCUCAGUCUUCAUUAAAGACGGCAUUUUAUAUGCAGAGGAGGACAGCAACCAUUGCUUUACACACACUGUGGAGUGUAAGGCGGUUAUGGUAUUUUUUCAUUAUUGUGUUUUGUCAAACUACUUCUGGCUGUUCAUCGAGGGCUUAUAUCUCUUUACACUACUUGUUGAGACGUUCUUUCCUGAGAAGAGAUAUUUCUACUGGUACACCAUUAUUGGAUGGGGUACUCCAACAAUAUGUGUGGCAGUCUGGGCUGUCUUAAGAGCUCAUUUUGAUAACAUUGGUUGCUGGGAUAUUAAUGACAAUGCUGCCAUCUGGUGGGUGAUCAAGGGUCCUGUUCUCGCUUCUAUCAUGAUCAACUUUAUACUCUUUAUUGGCAUCAUUAUAAUCCUGGUGCAGAAGCUGCAGUCUCCAGAUAUUGGAGGAAAUGAGUCCAGCAUUUAUCUGCGUCUAGCCCGCUCCACUCUUCUCCUCAUUCCCCUAUUUGGAAUCCACUAUACCAUAUUUGCGUUCACACCAGAAGAUGUCAGCAAGAGAGAAAGACUCGUGUUUGAACUUGGUCUUGGUUCUUUUCAGGGUUUUGUUGUAGCUGUUCUUUACUGCUUUCUCAAUGGAGAGGUGCAGUCAGAAAUCAAGCGAAAAUGGCGCAGCUGGACGGUGAACCGCUAUUUUGCCGUGGAUAUGAAGCACAGGCAUCCGUCCCUGGCGAGCAGUGGUGUGAAUGGGGGCACGCAGCUCUCGAUCCUCAGCAAGAGCAGCUCACAGAUCCGCAUGUCCAGCCUGCAGGCUGAAACACCAGCCACAUGAGGACUGAAGACCAAACUCCUCAGAACUAAAGCUACACAAUAAUCUACGUCAACAUCCAAGUCCUGUUUCAUCUACAUUAAAGUCUGUAUUGUGUCGGUUGAAGCUGUAAUACCUGUCAACCGUCCAUAGAUGACAGGCUCUUGCUGUGGUACUCUGAGGAGCUCACAACCAAUGAUCUAUUGUGUGCCAAGCAAACAUGGAUGCUUUUGUUGCGGCCGUAUUGGAUUUGAUCUGAACUGAAAGGAAUUACAGGCCAAGGGGAGGCAAUGAGUCCAUAGCAAUCCAGUGUUAGGAGUUUUCCAUCCAGCAAGCUGAAGGUCUUGAACAAGGUGGAUACAUUGUACAAAUCAAUAUUACAAGAGUCUCUCAUGUUUUCUUUUCUCUGUCUGUGAAGAUUUGUGGCAGUUCGAGAUUCUCAGUAUUUCAUUGACAAAAAAAUAUAUCAGUUGAACAGGAUGACGACAGUCACCGGGAUGUGCGACAUGAAAAAGUAAUUUUUUGAAGAAGAAACCACAUUUCCCACAGGAGCUUAAUCAGUAACUGAGUCCCAGUUCCCAAUACUAAUUUAAUAUGUAAAUAUUUUCAUAAGUUGGAACUGUAGAAUGAAGGAUUGCAAAAAAAAAAAAAAAAAAAAAAAAAAAAUCAAGACAAACAAUGACACACUUUAUUUGGUGGACAUGCAUUGUGGACGGUUCUUGGGCAGUGCUGAAAUCUUUUACACAGUCAUGUGACUUAUUUACAAAACUAACAUUCGCAAAGCAGAACUAGCAUUUAAAACCUCCUUAAAACAGUAACUCAACUUGUUUUCAUGAGUGGAUUCCCCUUGUACUUCAUGUGCUUCUAUUUUUUUUUUUUUUUAACAGCCGCUAUACAGAAAAUGUCAAUUAGAAUAUAACAAUGCAACAAAGCUCAUGCCACAAUGUUUGGCAUAUUAAAAUAUAACUGGGUAAUAUUGGUAUAGUUUUGUCAUAUCCCCCCCAUAUCUCCCCACUUUUCUGACUAUCAGGUGUCAGAGUGAUUUUACAGCAAAUAAUUAUGAAUCUUUACACUCAUAUCAAUGAAUAAAUUCAUUUUUACUUUUUACGCUAAAUUUCUCUUACAUUACUGUUUGAAAGUUGAUAAUUGUCUUAUAGCUAUUCUGACUCAUAAUAUUUGAUAUUUUGUUCAUUUUGUAAUUUCAUUUUAUAAACACAUUUGCAAAUAGAGCACUUUUAAGAUUCCAAAGAUUAAUUUUUGGAUAUUUGACCCCUUAAGACGUCAUUUGCCGUACUAGUUUGCAGUUUUUUGCAACUGAUGUCACUGCAUACGAAGAUGUUUUUUUCUUCUUCAAAGUGCCUUUUUGUUGCACAAAAGAGACAAUUGUUUGGUUUUAAAACAACAAACUGCAACAUAUAGUUUCAUCCCUCUGUGAAAGUGCUUUUAUUAUGCUUGAGCAAACCAAGAGGCCUUCAGAGAAUUCAAGCUAGCUUUUUUUCCCCCCUUUAGCAUAACUUUCUACAGGCCUUUUGUUUUUUAGCAUUACAAAAAGAAAAUCAAAGUUCAUGUCAUGUUAUUUUGAUAUGAAAAACCAAUUCCAAAAACGGAGAAAAGCUGAUUUGGGGAAUUUGGGAAGCAAACAAACAUCUUGCAUACAUGAUUAUGAUACAUUACAGUUUUUCCUCCCCAAUUUAUGAAACUGUUUACACACAUAUAUAUUCUCCCUUUGUGAAGCAUUUUUAUUGGUGUUUAAACUGAUCUAUAACAAAAGAAUUUCUUGUUUUUCAAAUAACUGCAAAAAGAAAAUGCACACAAAGUCAAAAAUAAUUUAAUGUUUUAUAUGAUCAAUAUUUAUUAUAUAUAACAAUAUACUGUAUUAUAGAUUAUAAUUAUUUAGCAUUUGAAUUUAACUAAGUGGAAAUUUUAGUGUUAAUAAUAAUAAUAAUAGUAAUUAUUUAAAUGUGAUAGGUUGAAUUCUAACCUGACAUAAUUUAGAUAUAAGUGGGAACUUUUUCUAAGAUGGAAUGACUUUGAUUCCAAUAAAUGUAAUUUUAGCAUAUGGCAAAGAAUUGUGAGUAGCCAACAAUAAACCUAAUAAUUGUUAAAAAAAAAAAAAAAAAAAAAAAUCUUUAUAUUCAAUUUAAACACUGUAAAAAUGUUUAAACACUGUAUCUUUAAAGGUAUACUAUGUAACUUUUAACAAAACUGCAUGCAUUUUGCAGAAUAUUGUUUUGGUUGUGCUCCGACUGUGUGACUGUGCGGAUGAAUAUGACCCUUCACUAUAGAUAAUGCUUUAAAAUGAACUGUUAGAGAGCUACAUAUGGCAAUUUAUCUGUUCAAUAAAACACCUUACCCACCUGAGUAAUAAAAACGCCAUCUCAGAGUCGGUUUUACAACAUUUCAAAUCCCCCAGUUCUCGUCAUCUCUUAAAAGCAAAGCCAAUGUUGAUUCUUGUUUUAUUACAAGCUCUGUCGCAUUCUCUUUUUGCCAGCAGACUCUUGUCUGUUAAGCGGUUAGAAGUAGUGCUGUCAAAAGUACUGACCACGAAAUUUUAAAAAUAUGAGCAUUGUUGAGCGGAUUCGUAAACACCUCUGAUUGGCCAUUGUGUUCACAUGCUCAACACACACACACACAUCAACGCUUCAAAAAUGUGUUGAAAAUAGACAUCAGUGAUGCUCUUCACUGAGCACUUGCACAGAUACACAUGGGAGCGUUUGAAAGCAGGCAUCUAUCAGUGGACUGGUCCUGCUUCCACUUUCAAAAUGCUUUCAAAUUCAAAUAUCUCCAUGUGCGUUCAAAUGCUCCCGUGGGUUGAUAAUUGUGGCCAAUCACAGACAUAUCCGAUGAGUGCGUGAAUACAAAGGCCAAACAAAUGCCACUCCCACCUCAUACCACUCCCACAAGGAGUCAGAGCAACUUUUUUUCUAUUUACCGAUAUAACGAGACACGCAUGGGCGAGUGACGUAUGUACGCAAUUUCUCGCGAAAACCAUCCAGACAAGUCUAUAAUAUAAACACUUACAAUAAGCUUACCAAAGUAAAACAAAAACACAUUUUGGAAGAAGAACUGAUGGUGUAUUGAUUAAAAUUUUGUUAAGUUUGGAAAAAAAAAAUGUUACAUAGUGUACCUCUAAUUCCGUGACAUGAUCAGUGUGUUAGCAUUACACUCUGCUCAGUGCUGUCACAUCGAGUAAACAAGCUUCAGCAAUACUGUACAUUUUGGACACUUUAAAGUAGAGAAAUAAUCUGUAAUACUUUUUUAGUGUAAAUGUCAAAAUUGCGUGUCAUUUCACAGAAUGUAGGCUACGCAGAAGUUUUAUUUUAAAAUUGAGAAUUUUAUAUUUAGUUUUCAGUUGAAUUGCUACUAAAGAGCUCUUGCUGAUAAUGUUGUUUAAACGUGUCGUUCUCAGCAUCGCUGCCUAUUCCUCUUAAACGAUGCAUGCAUUUCCUGUUAUCUAGUGUCUGCUAAAGCAUACAAAGAAAGUGGGUGGCUUAUUAUUCUGAUGUACAGCAAUAUUGUCGUUUCAAGAGAAUACCACAAUGACAAAAAUAAGUGAGUGUUACUGUACCUAUAGGGCCAACAAGCAUGUGCACUUUCUUGAAAACACAUCAUGACUAUUUUUAAUAUAUCCUGUUAAUUAUUACAGUGAUUUUUGUAUAAUAUAUUAAGACCAUUUUCAAUGGCAUACUUUGCUGUAACAGCUCUCUAAUACCUCGCAUUUACAGUAGUGGGAUUGCAGUGCUGGCACAGAUUCUCCACAAACUUACCCAUAACUAGAAAAUCUGCACAUUUUAUACCUCUUACAACAUUCAACAGAAUCUAUUGACCUUUCAGCACAUGUGUCUGCAAAUAUCACUGCAGAUUUCCACUACUGAUGACCAGAAUAUACAUAAAAACAGGCUGAUGGUAAAUGAAGUAAACUGUCAGCGUUACACGGGUAUAGAGAUGAAAAUGUGUGGGGUUUUAUAUUUUACGACACAGAAAUUGCAUUUGAUUUUUUUUUUCCUUUCUUGUGAAUUCAAAUUGUGUGAAAAUGUAUGAUAAAUAAUAUGGUAGGUAGAAUAAGCUAUGGAUUUAGAUGUAAUAUAUAAAAUGUUGUUUUAAGAGAUUUGAUUUGUAAUAGAGGGGUAUAGUACACUUAAUGUCACUUCACACAAACUACAUGUGGAAACUGAGUGUUUCUUACUUUAAACUCAAACAUAUCACAGAAAAGAGAAAUACAGUAUUUAGAAUACUAAUAUUAAAGUGGUUUUGGAGACUUGUAAUGACAGUAGAUUUAUUGAAUGUUCUAGAUGAUGUUAAAUGCAGCUAAACUUGCUUUUGUGGACAGUUGCUUACUUUUUAUGCUUUUCUUUUUCAUUGUGCAUAUUUUAUGUCACUGAUUGUGAUGUAAAAUUGUUUUGUUGGAUGUAUGUAUGGUAAAUUUUUGUACAUUGAUUUUGAAACAUCAUUAAAUGUUUUUGACAAGUAAA